GAAUCCACCCAACCCCUUUUCUGGGGGGACUUCUCUGGGCACUGGUGGUACUGGGAGCCCCCUCCGCUGCAGGUGAGGAGCUCUCGGGGUGCCAACCUGCCAGGGGUGAAGAUGCUGCGCUCCAACGCAGAGGGAGCGUCCCUGAAAGGCUGCAACUCUGAGGAGCCAUCAGGCCUUCAAGCUAAUCUGGAAGGUGCCAACCUGAAAGGAGUGGCCAUGGAGGGCAGUCAGAUGACAGGAAUGAACCUCCGAGUUGCAACGCUGAGAAACACCAAACUAAAGAACUGUAACCUCGGGGGAGCAACGUUGGCAGGAACUUAUUUGGAAGUUGUGACCUCCAGGAAGCCAAUUUGAGGGGCUCUGAUGUGAAAGGAGCCAUCUUUGAAGAGAUGCUGAACCCCCUGCACACAUCCCAGAACGUCAGAUAGGGAAGAGAAGUCGUUGAAGAGGAAGGAAUCCAAACAUUUGUUGUGACUUUCUUCAUCUCCUCCCCUUUCUGAGUUAGAAGGAAUGGUUAUUAGACAACUUCCAUUUGCAGUAGUGCCUAAGUAGACUCUUUCUGAUCACUU